CCGGUCCCCCCAUCGCGGUUAACAUCCCGGUUCCCCAUCCCUGUGUCCCUGGUUCCCCAUUCCCGGUACUCCCAUCCCCAGUCCCUCCCGGUUCUCCAUCCCUACUCCCCCAUUCCCGGUGCCCCCAUCCCCGGCACCUCCCGGUUCCCGGUUCCCCAUCCCCAGUCCCCCCCGGUUCUCCAUCCCUAUCCCCCCAUUCGCGGGUCCCCAUCCCGGUCCCCUCCAUCCGCAGCCGCUCCCGGUGCCGCCGCCCCUCCCUGGCCCCGGUUCCCGGUUCCCGGUUCAUACUGCAGUGGGCGAAGCCCAGGACCUGCCCCAUGGCGGCGGCCCCGGCAUGAGGCUCCCGGUUCCCCUCGGCCCCGUUAUCCUCGGGCCGGCCCCGCCGCCCAUCACCGUUCCGCCAUGGCGGGGCCCGCGGCAACGGCGGCGGACAAAGGGCGGCGGCGGCGGCGGGGGCGGGGCGGCGGCGGGCGGGGCCCGGGGCGGGACCGAGGGGAGCCGGGAACCGGGAACCGGGCACCGGGCACCGGGAUCCGGGCACCGACACCGGGAACCGACACCGGGAACAGGGAACCGGGAACCAGCACCGGGAACCGGGCACCGGCACCGGGAUCCGAGAACAGGGAACCGUGAUCCGGGCACCGACACCGGGAACAGGGAACCAGCACCGGGAUUCGGGCACCGGCACCGGGAACAAGGAACCGACACCGGGAACCGGCACCGGGCACCGGGUACCGGGAACCGACACCAGCCACCGGGCGCCGGUGGGGCGGGGCCUCGGGGGGGGGGGGGGCGUGGCCUCGGGCCGGGACCGUCCGGUCCUUCCCCCCCCCGUCGCCGCCACCGGAAGGGCCCGGCCUGGCCCCAGCGAGGCCCCGCUGCCAGCAUGAGCGAGCGGGUGCUGUGCAGUGCCCGCGCGGCUGUGCUGCUCUACGAUGACCCCCACAAGCAGUGGGUGCCGGCGGGGGGGGGCCCCCAGACCCUGAGCUGUGUCCAGCUCUACCAUCACCCCGGCACCCAUGGCUUCCGCCUGGUGGGGCGCAAGAUGCAGCCCGACCAGCAGGUGGUGCUGAACUGCCCGCUGGGGCGGGGGCUGCGCUACAGCGCGGUGACGCCGCAGUUCCACCAGUGGCGGGAGGCGCGGCGGGUCUGGGGGCUCAGCUUCGGCGCCCCCCGCGAGGCCACCGCCUUCGCCGACGCCGUCCUGUGGGCGCUGCGGGCGCUGGACGAGGGCACCCCCCUUUCCUGGCCAGACCCCGACAGCGCAGAAGACCCCGACCCACAGGAGAGGCAGCCGCUGGAGGACCCCGAGCAUCGCGUGGCGGCCGCAGGCCCCCCCGCUGGAGCCCCGCCGCCGCCCCCUGGCCCCCCCCCACCGCCAGGACCCCCCCCACCUCCUGCCCCCCCCCCCAGAGCGGGGGUCCCGGUGGCCCCCCCAUUACCGGGGGCUGCCGGGGGUGGGGGGGGCCCCGGUUUCGCUGCUGCCAUCGCAGGGGCCAAGCUCCGGAAGGUCAAGCAGGAGGAGGCAGCGGGUGCGGGGACCCCCCCUGCACCCCCCAAGGGUGACAGUGCCCGGGGGGGCGCCGGGGGGGGGUUGAUGGAGGAGAUGAAUGCCAUGCUGGCCCGACGGAGGAAAGCCACGCUGCAGGGGGACAAGCCAGCGCCAAAGAGGGACGAGGACGCCACCAGCGACGAGGCGGAGCCAGGCACUAGGACCCAGGGGCAGCCCGCGGAACCCAUGCGGAGGCCGUGGGAGAAGGGGAGCUCCACACUGCCCAGGAUGAAGUCGGCCGUUCCAGCUGCUCCCGCUGACCCCCCCGGUCCCACUGAGGAGCCUGAACUGGAGCGAAUCAAACAGGAACUGUUGGAAGAGAUGAGGAAGGAGCUGCAGAAGAUGAAGGAGGAGAUCAUUGAAGCCUUUGUGAUGGAGCUGCGGAAGCGGAGCCUGCCCUGACCCCCCCAGACCCCAGAUUUGGGGGUGUGGGGGGGGUCUCACCUCCUCCCUCCCCCAUUCCACUGCCCUGGGCCCCCCCCAGGCUGUGCCUUACCACUUUGGGGGGGCCCCAGCAGCCCCCCCCGCACUGUGCCCCCCUCUCCCCACCGACACUUCAGGGACCUCCCGGGGGCCCUUUUUAUGCCACUUUUGAGUUUUUCACCUUUUUUGGGGUUAUUUUUGGGGUGACCCCCCCCAAAUAAACACAGUUUUGUACAUGA